UUCAGUUUUUUUUAUCUAAAAAUGGCUUUGUUAAAUUCAGUUCAUGAUAAUUAUUCAACAAUUGUUGAAACAAACUUAAAAGGUUUUGGACAGUUUAUUUAUUUUGUUGAUCCAAAUAAAUAUCAUUUUAAAUCAACGUAUCAUGUACCAGAAAUUUUUCAACAGGCAUGGCCAUAUUUUUUAACACUUGUAUUAGUGGAGAAUAUAAUCAGAUAUUUUGAAAAACGUUCAACUGUACGUGUUAACGAUACAAUUACAUCAUUCUCACAUGGAUUAUUUCAAGAAUGUUUUAGAUUAUUAUUGCGUGGAAGCGAAAGCGCUUUAUAUAUUUAUAUUUAUGAUAAAUAUCGUUUAGUUGAUUUACCAUGGGAAUCAACAUUAACUUGGUAUGUUGCUGCAUUAGCAGUCGAUUUCUGCUAUUAUUGGGUCCAUAGAUGCUGUCAUGAAGUCCAUAUAUUAUGGGCUCAGCAUCAAGUACAUCACAGCUCUGAAGAUUUCAAUUUAACCGUUGGAUUACGUCAAUCCUUUUUACAAAAUGCACUUGGUUCGUUUUUCUAUUUACCAAUGGCUUUCUUCAUUUCACCAGCUUUAUAUUUAACGCAUCAUCAAUUUAAUUUAUUAUUUCAAUUUUGGGUACAUACUGAAGUGAUUAAAUCAAUUGGACCUUUGGAAUAUAUUUUCAACUGUCCAAAACAUCAUCGUGUUCAUCACGGAAGCAACGUUUAUUGCUUGGAUAAAAAUUAUGGUGGUGUUUUGAUUAUAUGGGAUCGAAUUUUUGGAACUUUUGCUGAAGAACAAGACGGUGUUCAAAUUGUAUAUGGAUUAGUCGUACAACAGCCAUCAUUUAAUCCAUUAUUUUUACAAUAUUUUUACACACAAUAUGUGUUUGAAAAGGCACAAUCCAUGGAAAAUUGGAAACAUAAAUUAGCAGCUAUCUUUUGGGGACCAAGUUGGGAACCAGGAAAACCUCGCCUUGGCUGUGAUGCAGAUAAAAUAGAUGUAACUUCCCGUACUAAAUAUGAUGUGAAAAUUCCGCAAUGGUGUAACGUUUAUUUGGUAUGCCAUUUUGUGAUAAUUGUAUUGGAAUUUCAAGAACUUGCAUCAAGACAUACGAGUUUAAAUUCCAUCGUGGUAUUGGGAUUCGUUUUAUAUAUAAUUUUAUCGUUAACAAUUAUCGGUAUGUUAUUCGAUAAUCAUCCAUAUGCUGGCAUAUUAGAAUUUAUACGAUGUAUAACAAUUGUGAUAAUAAUGCAACGUAAACCCGAAUUGUCGUUGAUAGGUGACUUUAUUCCAGUGAUACAAUCCUUCUUUAUAUUGUCCAGUUUAUUUUGGGCAUUACAUACAUUUAAAAUUAUACAAAUCCAUAAUAAAUGUAAGGCACUUUAGAAAUA